UUGGCGCAUAAACGCGUUCAUUGUGUAUUCAAAAAGAAGAUGGAAAAUCCUAUGAAGAAGAAAAUCGAAACUUUGGAAGUACAGCUGGAGCACAUCCGAAUGAUGCAAAUUAAAGCAAAUAUUGCGCGUAUGAAAUAUCGUUCUGUUUGCUCCGAAUUAAAAGAGAAAUCAGUACUUUACGCUUCCUCCUUGAAAAAUUUGGAAGAUGGCAUAAGGCAACAAGAAAACGAGAUCAAACGUUUACAGGGAGUAAAGGAAGAAGCUAUAGAAUUAAAAGACAGCACUCAAGAGACUUUGGUGAAAGAGGAGAUUGAAGAGACAAAUUCCAGCAAAAAACGCGAUUCUAUUAUCAAAGAAUACAGGCAGCGCGUAGCGGAACGACGGAUGGAAUUGGAACGAUUGGAACGUAUGAUAUUUCAUACUCGUCCGCGGGACGAUUUCGAAACACGUGGGAAAAGUCGCGUACAGAUACAAGAGGACAUGAUCAAGGACGAGCUGGCGCGACUGGAGGAGGCGUUCGCCAAGCUGCAGAACGCUACCGGAGUGUCCAGAUCCGAGGAAGUUCUGAACCGGUUUCUGGGUCAGAAGGCGACCAAAGAGAGCCUGCAGAAAAUGCGAACGGCCACGGAACAAGAGAAGAUGGUGUUGGAAAAGAGCAGGCAGGAGCUUAACGCCGAGAUAGAGAUGAGAAAAUUUUCAGAAACCAAGAAUGCCGAACAAAACGCGGAAGUAGUGGCAAAACUCAACUUGCAAAUCAAUGAACAGCGAUCUCGUAGGGAGAGAGCUGAGAAUGCAAGUCGACGAAUCCGCGAGCUCUUAAACGAAGUAACUGGUAUACUAUAUAAACUGUGUGAGAAGUUUCAGGUGAGAGUUAUUAAUUAUAAGUCCGUGGACGACAGACAUGUUACAGAUACUCCUCUCCUUGAGAAUAUUAAAAUGGAUGAUACUUUAGCAAUUAUCGAAUUAUUAAGUAAUAAAGUCAAAUAUGGCAUGGACGUUUUAAAUGCAUCUGACAAAUAUCUUGAAACAAUGGAUGAAACCUUGCUAGACAAGUUAGAAACAUUGUCGAUCGCUACAACCUCAGUAGAAGGCAGAACAAUGCGUGUUAACAGCGGUGGGCCAUUGUUUCCAAGGUUUCUAUCUUGUGCGACUCCGGCUGCUCUUCUGUCGGAGGAUGAGGACGAAGUCCCGUCUCGAAACGCAUUGAAAAGACAAGCGCAGUUGCUCGUUGAUACCAAAAGUCGUCGUAAAGGAUUCGCCUUUAGAAGAUGAAUUGUUUAAAUCGUUCGAACGUAAAAA